UUUGGAAAGACACACCUUCCAUUGAAUCCCUUCUAGUUUCCAGAGCGAAGUGUUUCUUUCUCAGAAGACAGUUGAGGGCGACAGAGGGAAAUAUGCUUCCAGUGUUUAAAAUCUUCAGCAUGCCUACUAAGUACUAGAUUUAUUCGGCGACUUGACUAAGCGCUUGUACUUCACCUCAGCAAACGAUGUCUGUUCCUCUUUGGACUUAAAUUUCUAGUUUACAGCAUCAUCGGAUCUAUUACUGUCAGAUGGAGAAGUCUGCAUCGCUCCUCGCAGGUUCCUCUGUUUGGAAAGUACUACAUUUGACACUUGGGAAAGACUACGGCAUGUAGUUUUGUACUACAGUGGUGAAUUAAGACCUUUAACAGUUAUUAAGGGACGCUGUGAUAUGGAAGUAAUUCGGCAACUCUGUCAUGUCCUGACUGCAGCAAACACUCCCGAGGAAGAAUGAAGUAAGCGCGAUGGAGCCGGACAAUGCCCCGAACUCCAGACUCAAAGCAGCUGGUGUCGGGGGGAGAGCUGUCUUUCUCUGCAUGGUUCUUUACUGUACAUGCUGUCUGAGGUGUGCACAAGCACAGUCUGCAGAUGUGGACGUGCUGCAAAGACUGGGAUUGGUUGGGAAAAGACCAUCUGGGACACGCUCCACACCUCAAGGUGUCAUCCCCUUCAAAUCGGGAGUCAUCCUAACCCAAAGGGCGAGAAUUGACGUCCCAGUGAGCUCUGUCGUCCCUGCAUCACUGGGCUCGGCGUUCUCUCUCAUCCUUAGCGUAUGUUCGCAUCGCAUAAACAAUGCUUUCCUCUUCACCGUUGUGACAAAGAGGAAAAGACUGCAACUAGGGGUGCAGUUCAUCCCUGGGAAAAUCUUAGUUUACUUGGGCCAAAAGAACACUGUAAAUUUUGAUUAUGAUGUUCACAAUGGCCAGUGGCACAACCUGGCUUUGGAAAUCCAAGCCCAAAGGGUUUCGUUAUAUACUUCUUGUGGGAAGACAAGUGUACAUGCAGAUUUGCAUUUUAAAAAUGAAGAAACGCUGGAUCCAGAGGGCUCCUUUCGCUUGGGAAAAAUGAGCCAGAACUAUGUGCAGUUUGAAGGAGCCAUCUGCCAGUUUGAUAUCCAUCCCUCUGCUAAGGCAGCUCACAAUUAUUGUAAGUACAUUAAAAAACAGUGCAGGGAAGCUGACACUUAUCGGCCUAACCUCCCUCCUCUUUUACCGCUGUUACCCCUAGACCCCAAUAUAUCUGUCACCAUUCAGACCCCAAGCAUUGUAACAGAGCUAAAUGACAGACAUUUUAGCUCUAAACCUUCACUAACACAAGACAAAAUACAAAAUAAUCAUGAAACCUCACAAGGCCUGAACAUGUCCACUCUAAUGACAUCUCAGUCUGUACAAAGCACAGUGCCACCAACGAUAGCCCAGCCCACACUACAGCCCCCCCUGCAGGCCACAGCACAAACUGUCAUGCCAUCACAAAUAUCUCCAAAGCCAACUCAAAAAAACAGCCCCAGGAAGAAACUUGUGGGGGCAACUAUAAAGCCCCAGAUGUUAAAAGAGAAUGGGAUGGCUGUCACUGCCAGACCAACAGGCCAACAGAAGAACAAACUAGAUAUCCAGACGCCUGCCACAACAAAACCUAAACCUUCUAGCACAUUCACAGUGUCAGAGAUGACAACAGCAUCAAUAGCUUCACGGAAACCUCUACCAAAGGAGACCUUGUUUUUUGGGGCCAAACCCACCUCUUUUGAGCCUGUCACCCCUGCGGCCACAGAUGGUUUCCAAACCUUUGACUUUGAACCAACCCAGUACUCCCUCUUGGCUGAGUCACCUGGCCUGAAAGGAGAACCUGGACCACCGGGACCUCCAGGACCUCCUGGCAAGCCAGGAUUACCAGGAAAGAGAGGGCCCAGGGGUCCCCCUGGUCCAUAUGGAAACCCAGGCCGUCCAGGGACCCCCGGGCCCAAGGGGAAAAAGGGAGACCCUGGAAUCUCACCUGGCAGAGCACCAAAUGGAAUAAAGGGGGAUCCUGGGAUAUUAGGGCUACCUGGACUACCCGGUCAAGCUGGUCGGAAGGGACAGAAAGGUCAUCCUGGUCCCUCUGGCCACCCCGGAGAUCAAGGAGAAAGAGGACCGGAUGGAAGCCCGGGUGCCAAAGGUUAUCCUGGCAGGCAGGGUUUACCAGGGCCUAUAGGAAAUAUGGGAUCAAAAGGCGCACGGGGCUUCAUUGGAAUCCCAGGCAUCUUCGGUCUUCCUGGACCUGACGGAGAAAGAGGUUUACCUGGUGUUCCUGGGAAGAAGGGCAAGAUGGGUAGGCCGGGCUUUCCAGGAGAUUUUGGGGAGCGAGGACCACCAGGACCUGAUGGAAACCCAGGAGAGAUGGGUGCCCCAGGUCCUGUUGGCAUCCCUGGUUUUAUUGGUGAUAUGGGUCCUGUUGGAAUUGUGGGUCUUCCUGGACUAAUAGGACCAAAGGGUGUGCCAGGAAACCCAGGGGAGCCUGGACUGAAAGGUGAUAAGGGUGAAGUCGGGUUGCCAGGUGAACCGGGGGAACCUGGAUUUCAAGGUGACAAGGGUAUACAGGGCUCACCAGGUUUACCAGGAAUUCGAGGAAAGCCAGGACCACAGGGGAAGCCUGGAGAUCAAGGCCCAGAUGGUUUGCCAGGACCACCUGGCCCUGAGGGUUUUCCAGGGGAUAUUGGACCACCAGGACAGAAUGGCAUUGAAGGCCCAAAGGGGAAUGCAGGAGGUAGAGGGAUUCCAGGCCCUAGAGGAGUUCCUGGACUUGAGGGAGAUCAGGGCCCUGUAGGACCAGCAGGGGCUCCAGGACUAGAGGGCAGACCUGGGAGGAAGGGUGUCCCUGGAAAUCCAGGGGAAGAUGGAAUAAAGGGAGAGCCUGGAAUCACUGGAAAUCCUGGGAUGCUUGGUGAGAGGGGUCUUAUUGGUUUCAUCGGACCUUUUGGUGAGGUGGGGCUUGCUGGAGAAAAGGGAGAUCGUGGUGAGAUGGGUCUGCCCGGGCCACCUGGAGAAAGGGGAGCGAUGGGACACCCAGGGGCUCCGGGUGAGAGAGGCCCAUCUGGACCAGCAGGUACACCAGGGCCUCCCGGUUCUAGGGGCCUCAGCGGCACCAGAGGACCCAAAGGCAGAAGGGGUGAGAGGGGACCAGAUGGACCAGUUGGAGAAAAAGGAGUGAUAGGAAUGAAGGGUCCUGAGGGCCCACCAGGAAAACAAGGUUUCAGUGGACAAAUGGGUCAAAUUGGUGAAACUGGUGAAACAGGACCAACUGGAUUUACAGGUGUUCAAGGACCAACUGGACCUCCUGGAGCAAAGGGCAUCUUAGGAGAACCUGGUCCUCAAGGGCCACCUGGAGUAUUAGGUCCAUUGGGUGAGAUUGGAGGCGUGGGUUUACCUGGGAAGGUUGGGGAGCGGGGCUUACCAGGUGAACCAGGAGAGAAGGGUGCGAUUGGAUCUCCUGGGAAUAUUGGAGAGCAAGGCUUGAUUGGACCUCGAGGUGACCAUGGGCUUGAUGGGGAGGCUGGUCUGAGCGGUCCUGAUGGAGCUAAGGGUGAAAAGGGGGAUAUUGGAAUGGAGGGAGAAACAGGUGAAAAAGGAGCCGUCGGGUUUAAAGGAACUGAAGGGCGUCCUGGAGAUCCUGGCUUAAUAGGCAUCAAGGGCCCUGAGGGCAAACCUGGAAAAAUUGGUGAGAGGGGAAAACCAGGAGAGACGGGCAGCAAAGGUCACCAGGGUCACCUUGGCGAGACUGGAUCAAUGGGAGAGCAAGGUGCCAUGGGUUUCAUCGGGCCAAAAGGAAGCAGAGGAACUACUGGAUUUGUGGGUGCUCUGGGAAAAAUGGGUCAGCAAGGAGAACCGGGUUUAGUGGGAUAUGAAGGUCAUCAAGGACCACAAGGUCCAAUGGGAUACCCAGGACCAAAAGGUGAAAAGGGAGAGCAAGGAGAUGACGGGAAGGUUGAAGGUCCACCUGGUCCUUCAGGUGACAUCGGACCUGUCGGCAACAGAGGAGAAAGGGGAGAGCCAGGUGACCCUGGAUACCCUGGUAAUGAAGGUGUUCAUGGGGAAAGAGGAAAACCGGGGGCUCCUGGACUCCCUGGAAAUGCAGGGCCAAGAGGGUUUCCAGGGCCUAAAGGAUCCAAAGGCAGUAAAGGUCCAAAAGGCAAAAACGGUCCUCAAGGUGAAUCUGGAAAUCAAGGGUCCCCUGGUCCCGUUGGUCUUCCUGGCCCCAGAGGAGUUGUUGGUCGUGAGGGUCUUGAGGGUGAUCCUGGGGUUGAUGGAGCCCUUGGAAAAGAUGGAGCUAAAGGAAUGCCAGGUGAGCAUGGAAGUGAUGGGGAGGUUGGUCUUCCUGGAAAACAAGGUCCUCAAGGAAACACAGGUGUACCAGGUCUGCCAGGAAUUCAAGGCUCUUUUGGGCCAAAGGGUGACACGGGCAUCCCUGGCCAAACUGGACCUCCAGGCAAAAGAGGAUUUAUUGGAGGAAUGGGAUUUCCUGGAAAACAAGGUGACCGAGGGGUCAAAGGGCAACCUGGUGAUACUGGAGAACAGGGAUUUCCUGGAGUUCUUGGAAUGUUUGGACCAAAGGGGCCACCCGGAGACCUUGGCCCUGUGGGUAUCCAGGGCCCAAAGGGUCCUCAGGGUUUAAUGGGGAUGCAAGGAGCUAUCGGACGCGUUGGUAUCAUUGGGCCUAGUGGUAACCCAGGACCACAAGGAGACAAAGGAAAUAGAGGGGAAAUGGGUGCUCAGGGACCCAGGGGACCUCCAGGUCCUCGUGGACCACCUGGACCACCAGGGCUUCCUGGUGUAUCUUUUCCUCAUGAAAAUCAGGCUCUUGGAACUCCUUUAAAUGCUUUUGAUUCCCGUUCUACAUUAAGGUCUGAGAUGUAUCAAGAUACUGACUUUCCAAUGCUGGACCAGGGAACCGAAAUCUUUAAGACUCUUCACUACCUCAGCAACCUGAUCCACAGCAUAAAGAACCCGCUGGGCACGCAGGAGAAUCCAGCCAGAAUGUGCAGAGAUCUGUUCGAAUGCGAGCAGAAGUUGAAUGAUGGCACUUAUUGGAUAGAUCCUAACCUGGGCUGCUCCUCUGACAAUAUUGAAGUGACGUGCAACUUCACCAACGGAGGUCAAACCUGCCUAAAGCCAGUCGCUGUGUCCAAGUUGGAGACUGGAGUAAGUCUAAUCCAGAUGAACUUCAUCCACCUCCUGAGCUCAGAGGCUAUGCAGAUCAUCACCAUCCACUGCCUGAACGUCUCUGUUUGGGCAGCAGGGGACUCCAAAACACCUUCCUCUAGCGCAGUGUACUUUAAAGCCUGGAAUGGACAGAUAAUCGAGUCUGGGGGAUUCGUCGAGCCUGAUCUGAUAAAGGAUGAGUGCUGGAUCACAGAUGGCCGAUGGCAUCAGGCACAGUUCAUUUUCCGGACACAGGACCCAAACUUACUGCCCAUUGUGGAGGUCUACAACUUGCCCAGCACUAAACCUGGCUCACAUUACCACCUGGAGGUGGGCCCUGUAUGCUUUUCAUAAAGAAAGCAACAAUGGAAACCUUAAAUACACCUGAUCAACAGGAUUACAGAGCUUCUCGAGGCCAGCAAAACUGGCCCGGGUUUUGUACCUCUUCUCUCAAGCAUGGACCUCAGCAUUUAAACAGGAGGAAAGAGGAAUCUAGAGCAGCUUUGGAGAAAACAAGACUUCUUAUGCGAGCAGCUCGAGAUGACAGAUACUGCCUUUUCAGAGCAAAACAAGGCCUGGAUAUGUGGUUAGAGGUGCUUAUUAAACUCUGUUAGAAGUCUUAAUUUAUUCAUAGAUGUUCCGUUUUGGACAAGUUGUAAGGAGCAAUUAUGACAUUUAUUUUUAAUGAAGUACUUAUUUUGUAUUCUAUAGUUAUACAUGAUCAUGUGUAUUUAUACAUGUACAUGUGUGUGUAUGUAUAUUUUCUGUAAAGUGCAAUAGAGAAUGAACAGAUUGUUUUUAAAAGAUGAAUCUUCUUGUUCUAAGUGAGGUUUACUGUCACUCAUAUCAUUCAAUUCAGGUUCAUUGUCGUGUGUACUUGUGUAUAUCUGCAGGUCUGUUGUAAAAGCUUCAGAUACCAACACACGUGCAUAAACACACAUAUACAUUAAUUCAUAGCCAGAAUAUGAGUCAAGGUGAAUCCAGACUUGAAAAGUUACAUGUAAACAUCUACCUCCCAUCUCUAAUGUUUUUGGUGUUUUGGGACAAAACAUUUUAAAGAAAUGGAUUCACAUGCAUUUAACUCCUGUGGUUAGAUUUCCGUUUCCGUCAAAUGUUUUUAACUUAAGUGCCUUUUAUACAUUGAAAGGGAAUAUUUUUGUAUACGUUUUUUUAAAAGUAAAGUUAAAAUGAUUUUUUUUCCAGCCAAAAUUGUUUUAAUCCUUUAUCUUCUAUUAUGCUUUAUUUGUAAAAAUAUUUGAACUUUAAAGGCACAAGAACUCUUUUAUUAUAGCAAACGUGGUGUUGUAGCAUCCACUGUGUUUUAUAUCACUCAGCUGUAGGCCUUUCCAUCAAGUACAUAUGCAAUUGCAUAAGCCCUAUCUGACUGCAGAAGUAAUUGUUUGACAUGGAAAAUGUGCUCUGCUCUGUCAAAAUUACUGAUUUUUGUGUCUUUGUUGAGGUGCGUGUACAAAUCUGAAUGUUACAAUUUAGAAACCGUACAAAUCCAAGUUGUAAUAUUGCUGUUGCUGAUCAAAAUGAGAGCACUAGAAUCUUCCACUAUAUUAGGUUUGUCAUGAGCAAUGGCUUUGACAUCAUGGUAAGCUAAUUAUUUCAAUAUCUGUGACUAAAAAGAGUUAUGUAUGAAAUUCUUGUGAAAUAUUUCUGUUAUUUUGAUCAAAACUGUCAGGAGCCAUCUUAUCUUGCCGCAAGGGGUUGUUAAAUAUCUGUUCUUUGUAAGUGUAAAUAUGAGGUCUCACUGUAAUGCAUGUUGUGAUUUCAGAGCAAAGAAAGAGGUGGAUAUUCUCAUAAUGAAUAUUUUUACAUUACCUCCAAAAUCUAGCAAAAACCAAAGAACAAAGAUUUGUUUUGUGUAAAUUAAAUCACAAAGAUACCACAGAAAUAUUAGUGUGCGGGACAGCAGUCCUUAUAUCUGUCUGUAUGAAGUUGUUUUGGCCGUUUGAAUAAAGAAUGAUGAAAAUA